AGUCUUUGCGUCUUCUACCAACUCCCUAUCAUCAUACAGGCAGGGGAAGAAGCCGUGAGAAAAACUUCUUUCCGCUGUUCUGCGCGUUUCUGCAGCCCCGUUCCAGGCCGAGGAUCCUUUACUGGAAGAGAUGAUGGUGGGCCUGGGCUCCCUGUUGUUGGUCUGCAUGCUGGGUCUGGGUCUGACCCCACCAGCCCUGGCUCAGGAUGACCCUAGGUACAGAAGCUUCCUGACCAAACACUAUGAUGCCAAACCAUGGGGCCGGAAUGACAAAUACUGUGAAAUCAUGAUGAAGAGAAGAGGCCUGACCACACCCUGCAAAGACACCAACACCUUUAUUCAUGACAACAAGAACAACAUCAAGGCCAUCUGUGGAAAUAAUGGAGAACCUUACGGAGAAGGUUUAAGACUAAGCAAGUCUCUUUUCCAGGUCACCACCUGCAGGCAUAGGGGAGGGUCCCCUCGGCCUCCGUGCCAGUAUAGAGCUACCGCAGGGUUCAGACACAUUGUUGUUCGCUGUGAACAUGGCUUACCUGUUCACUUUGAUGAGUCCUUUUUCAGUCCGUAAUCAGAGGCCACAGCUGGCUCUGCUCUCUUUUCCUUGCAUUUCUCUCCACAUCCCAGAAUGGUGGUGGCAACUUUCAUGGUCAGGGGCCCAGAGAAUGAGCUGCCUGGAUCUCUUGUUUUCCAUUUUACAACAUGUUCAAUAAAUAAAAAUGUCUCUGAAAUCAGUAAGGCUCAGAGCCUUCUCACUAA